AUGAAAAAUCUUGGCCAUUUGAGUUACUUUCAUGAAUUGGAAGUCUCUUCCCACGAUAUAGGUUAUUACUUGUCUCAAGCUAAAUACGCCACUAAUCUCUUAACUCGUGCCAACUUGAUAGUAGGGAUGGCAAUCCAACAUGUCUCGUCAUCCCCCCGCCAUGCCCCGCCUUGUUUGGGGUGG